AUGGCUACAUCUUCAGCUGGUCCCGCAGUGGUCAUUCGCCCCAUGAUCGCAGACGAUCUUCCUGUCGCUAUGGUCAUAUUGAAUGGGGCGAUUUUGACUUCGACAGCUACGUUCCGUACUGAUCCCGUCGACCUCGCUGAGCGACGAGAGUGGCUGGUUGGUCUUGCUAAAGAUAAUUACCCAUGUUUCGUGGCAGAAUCGAUUGAAUUUUCCAAUAGGGAAAGCGAGACUACGGCCAAAGGAUAUAUCAACACGGUAGAGAUAAGUCUCUAUAUCCAGGAAGGUUUCCGAGGAAGAGGCCUUGGAACCAAAUUGAUAAACGAUAUACUCCCUGAAGCUCGUAAACGCGGAUAUCGCACUAUAUUAGGUGAGUUCGACUCGAGUGCAUUGCAAGCUCUGCCGUUUUAUCACGCUUUGUUUUGA